ACCACCACCAGUCAGUGCAGUGUUACUCCGGCUAGCAAGUGGUUGACUGUUCCUGUGCUUCCCUCUUUGUGCAUCGCUAUGUCUCAGUCUCUCGCAACCAUGAUUGGUGAUAACAAUACUCAUUUCUUCGAGGGUGUGGAAAAACUGUUGGAAGUAUGGUUUACUAGAAAGGAUGGAAUGACUUCUAACUGUGAUCUAAGGAAAAUACCAAGAUCCCAGCUGGAGACCAUAAUGCAAGAGGUCAAGUGUGAAAUUAUCUCCACCACUUCAAAUGAUGAGCUGGAUGCAUAUGUACUCAGUGAGUCAAGCAUGUUCAUCUCUGCUCGACGCUUUAUCCUUAAGACGUGUGGCACCACAACCCCACUCUGCUGUCUGCCGCUGCUCAUUUCCCUGGCCAAAGAAUAUGCUGGAUAUGACACUGUACAGGAUCUGUUCUACUCCAGAAAGAAUUUCAAACGCCCUGAGCUGCAAGUGUCUCCACAUCGCUCUUUUGAGGAAGAAGCCUCCAUGCUGGAUCAAUUUUUUUCUGGAGGCCGAGCUUAUUGCAUGGGAAGUUUUAACCGUGCAGACUGCUGGUAUCUUUACACUGUGUCUCCUGGCCGACCACGUUAUCUUAACAAUGUUGCUCGCCACAACUUGCCCCACAGCUGGGUUGGGAAAGUACACCGUGAACCUGACCAAACUUUGGAAGUACUAAUGAUGGAUCUUGACCCAGAGAAAAUGAAAUGGUUCUGGAAAGAUAUCUGCCCUACUGCUGCAGAAGCCACUAAGAACUCUGGCAUCGAUAGACUCAUUCCUGACAUGGUGAUUGAUGACUAUCAGUUUGAUCCAUGUGGCUAUUCAAUGAAUGGACUGAUGCGGACUGUUCCAGGAGGCUAUAUGACAAUCCACAUCACACCUGAGUCAGAGUUCUCAUAUGUGUCCUUUGAGACCAACGUACCUCAGAAGUCAUACAAAGAUCUCAUUGCACGUGUGGUUGCCACAUUUGGUCCCAACCAGUUUGUGAUGACAUUCUUCACCAGUGUGAAAAAUGGUAGCAGAAUUGGAAUAGAGGAUGGGGACUACAGCGUGCCCCAGUACAUUGACUAUGAUGUUGGUGAUGUUCAGACCUGCUGUCUGCAAGGUUAUGAUUUGACUUAUGCCCUCUACAACAGGUUCCCAAGUUAGGGAAUCGUCCCCCACAAAGAGCAGCAUGAAAUCUUGACAUCAGUUACAGAAUUAGAGCCAAAGUUCUUAUGUGGAAGCCCAUCAGGAGAAAAUCAUGAUGACAUGCAGGAAUUAACAAAAAAUGGCUGCAAACAGGGAAGCGUAUGGGCUAAAAUGUUAGAACAUGGUUUCUUUCUGUGUAAGCUGUCACGACGUUAUCUGCUGCAGUAUUCUUCAAUUUCCAUAUAUCUUAUACUAUUGGUCCUUGUUAUUAGAAUAGAAUUAGAAUUUCAUCCGCUACAUAACUCUUAUGCCUACAAACAUCCUGCAAGUAGCAAACGAGGAUCAGUUAAGACUUAUUAUAAAAUCUCUGUAUCCUCCUGGAGCAUAGGUUGUUGUUAUAAACAUGAGGGCUCUUUCCUGCAUGCUGCUUGUAAACUGAGGUCAUCCUGCCUUCAGAGAAUAAUAUUUCUAUGGUGGCAGGAUGUGUACUCCUGAAUAGAACCUUAGAAGAAGCAGUUGGCAUGGUCAGUCUACAUCAUGUGGCAGGCACAGCCACUUCAUCUUGAAGGGAUGAGUCUCCCUUCAUGAAUGAUCGCUUUCCAUGAUUUACCAUCAUUUGUGGUACAGAGAUAUUCACUUUUGAAUGCUGUACCCAGAAAAUGAUGGUAGGACCAGGUUCUUGCAAAGAGCCUGGCCAAGAGACAUAGCUGGAGCUGGAGAAAAGUAUGCAAAAGGAAGAAUUUUGUUGGUGAUACUUAUGGAUCGACAGUAUAUUGAUGAUGAAUGAUAAAGAAGGAGCAGAGUUGCAUUUUUCUUUAUCAGAUAUCUGUUGAUCUCUCUCUCUCUCUCUCUCUCUCUCUCUCUCUCUCUCUCUCUCUCUCUCUCUCUCUCUCUCUCUCUCUCUCUCUCUCUCUCUCUCUCUCUCUCUCUCUCUCUCUCUCUCUCUCUCUCUCUCUCUCUCUCUUCUAUACUACCAAUCUGUAAAGUUUACAUCACAAACUAGAACAUCACAGUAAAUGUAAUAAUCUUUAAAUGGAUACAUUGAUGCCGUAACAGCAAAAUCAACAGUCAAGUUUUCAAGUUCAAUAGAGGCUCAUAAAUAUUUUAAUUUAUCAAGAGAAACAUCCAAACAUCAGAAUCCAGGAGUUUUCCCAAAGUUAAAUGUCAAUCCUAUGAAAAUACCAAUUAUUAGAUUGCUUAUAAGAUCCAGGUGUGAUGUAGUAAUGUUGGACAGGAUGAAACAGCUAUUUUUUUCAUACCAUGUUGUCUUGUGCUUCUCUAUUGCUAUAUUAUGUAGCAAUAUUUAUCUUUCCAUUGUUUUUACAGCAGUUUUGCCUUUAGUGUCUUGUGUAUCUCCUUAGUUACGUUAAAUAUAUCAAAUGUUCACUGCAUUAAGUUUCAUGGCACUAUUAUGUUUGAGGCACUGCCUCUAGAAAGUGCCCAAUGUGCCACCCUUGGCCAAACCCAGUUUAUUACAUAAAAUUGUGCUUCAACCUGUCUUCUAUUCAUGGGAUGUGGAUUAAAGCCUCCUCUGUACACAGGAAAUAUGGUUAACAGUCCAUAAAAAAAAAAAUUUCACAUAAAGCUUACAGACCAGGGAUGUGUGCAUACUCAGCAAGCUGCAUGGAGAAUGGGCCAAACAUCCUGUUGAGUGAGAUGCAGCAAUGAAGGGCUUAUGUCUCAGCCAGUCAUCAGGCUGAGAGAGCAUCAGCUGUCACUCUCUGCCAAUCAGUGCCCAAGAGGGAGGGCUGUCAUCUUGCCAGUCCCUUGCUACUUGCUUUUGCAGUCAUUGUGGUCCACCCAUACAUUUUCCAGAUUUUUCCACUGAUUCCUGUGCUUUAUUUUACUAUAAUCACCAUCUGAUGAUAGUGAGCACCCUCCCUGGGCCAUCAAGGGAGGGAAAAGAGCAAGGAAUAUUUGAUUUUGAUAACAUCUGAAAUCCAUUUUGCGUGCCAUGUUUGUGCAGUAUGUCAUCAUUAUGUCAUCAUUAUUAUCAUAUUUGUCAUCAUUAUUGAUGGUUUUGACAACUUUAUCCUGAAACUUAACUGCACCAGAAAAUGUAUUUAAACAUACACCAAGCAAUUCUAUUCGUCUGGGAUUGAUAUGGAAAUAUUGCAAAACUUUUUUUUAAUUAUGUUGCUUCAGGCCCUAUCUAUGUCCAGCACCUCAUGUAUUCUAUAUUUGUUCUUAUAUAUAUGUUCUUUUGUGUUUCAUAAGCAUGAAUCUUAUAAGUUCUUAAUCUUAUAAGUUCUUCAUUUCUUGUUACAAAUAAUCUGUAUUCUUUCAUUUUCAUUCUUGCAAACUCUAGUGCUAUCUGGAAGUCACAGCCCAUAAAGAGCACAUAUAUUCAAUACGUACCUUAUUCAUGAAUGGAAAACUAAAUCAAACAAUUUAUGAGAGUUGUUGACAAUGUUAUCUCAGGAGAGAUCAGUCUUGUCUGAUAAUCACAAAGUAAAAUAUGUAUGUAAAUGGCAUAAGGGGCUGCCACCUUUUAGAGUAUUUACACCGUAUGUAAAUGGCAUAAGGGGCUGCCACUUUCCAGAGUAUUUACACUAUCUCUCCAUUGGUUCCAACUUCUUAUUCCUACACCACUGUAUCUGCACUACUCAUAAAUAUAUGUAUGUGUAUAUGCUUGUUAUAAUGAAAUUGGAAGUUCAUUAUUUGACAAUAUAGUAUUGAUUGGUUAUGCUCUUAUCUUAUUUAAUGAUCUAAUUCUUUCAUCUCUGUUGUUGCCUGAUGGAAUAGAGUUGAAUCAGAAGACAGUACAUGGUGUUGGUGAGGUAGCUCUUGAAGCAAAAAUGGAGAAAAUUGUGGUAUUCAGAAAUGUAUGAAUGUAAACAACAGAUACAGUUAUGGUAUAUUCUGUCAUUAUUAUUAUUAUUUUUUUUUUUUUAUAAUAAUAAUAAUAAUAAUAAUAAUAAUAAUAAUAAUAAUUAUUAUUAUUAUUAUUAUUAUUAUUAUUAUUAUUAUUAUUAUUAUUAUUAUUAUUAUUAUUAUUAUUAUUAUUAUUGCUUAUUGAUUUAAAUUUAUUUAUUUACUAUUUUUUGCAGCCUUUCUUGGAUGCUACCUAACAUAUUUUAAAAUUAAGUAAUGAGUUUGACAAGUUUAAGGUAAUUUUUUUAUGUCUUAAUUGGCAACAUUAAUUGUAUGAAAAUUUGGGCCAGUGGGAAGCCUCAUUUCACUAAGGGCAACUUAUUCCAUUAUAGUUAUAGUCUGUCUUUAUCUGAGAGCAAGGCCUUUACAGAAGGCUGUUAAGAGCCAGUCUAGAAAAUUAUUAAUGACUAAAUAUGAAUAUUUUAUUUUCAAAGAAAGAGGGAUAAGUUCUGUUGUAAAUUUUUAAGAAUAGGUUAAACCUUUUGUGGUAUCAUAUCCCUCCAAAUAUCACACUUUAUUACAAUUUUGCUCUGAAUGGCACAUGACAUACCAUUUUAUGUGCUGUGGUCAGUGAGCAAAUGCUGUAUGGAUAGGACAUGAUGAGAAAAGUUUAUUUUUAUACAAAGAAGGAAUGCAUGUUUAAGGUGGAGAUUUGCCUUGCUUAGUUACUGUUGCUAUAGUAUGCAGUAAAUUCUGUUACUUUCAUUAUUGAUGUUAAGGCUCUAGUUGUAUUACUUUAGCUUAUUCCCAUUUCAAUAGAAAACUGCAUUGCAGACCCCUCAUCAUAUGAGCUGCUAGAACAGCUGAUGUUGAUUUUCAGCAAAGUAGAGAAUAUACAGUUUACUGUGUAAUGUGUGGCAAACUUUACACCAAUGUGGCUGACAGUAAGUACUGAUAUUAUUGCAAGUAUAGAAUAUGAAUGAUGAGCAAUUUAAGUAAUGUAAGACCAUCACUCUUUAAUUCUGUCAUGGACAACAUGAUAGUUGCCUUCAGUGAAAUUCUCUCAUUCAAGUAAUGUCAACUAUUGUUUCAAUGUACUGUAGAAAACAUUUACUUUAAUGUCUUAUGGCUGCAAUACCCAGUGAUCAUAGUCAACAUGGGCAAAGUUGAUGCAUGCAUAAGCCACAAUCCUUGCCUCCCCACCCUUCCAGCAGAGCAGAUGAUUGGUGCAUUCAUAAAGUUCUUGACACUUCCUCAGAUUGUAUACAUAAAAUAUUAUCAUUAUAUCAAGUAUCCAUGUCAUGAACUGAUUUUUAAAAGUGUCAAAGGGAAAAAAAUAAAAUAAAGGUUGUCUUAAAAAAAAAAAAAAAAAAACUGGAAACAAAUACAGCAGUAAACUUGGGUGGAUUCUCAGUGGAACAGCAGUUGGAGGUAUGGCAUGUUCUGACAAUUACCAUAUUAAUGAAUUUACAUAAUGUACAUAAUAUACAUUUGUUUGUAGAAUUUUUUCCAAGGUGGCAUUGAUGUAUUAUAAAUAUCACAGCUCCUGAUAAACACCAAUGAGCUGCCAGACGUGCAGUUUGACAGAAGUCGGUGUAUGAUAAUGGCAGGGUCUUUGAUAAAGAAUGGAGUCAUUCAGCAGGGCAACAACUAGUGAUAUUCUGCAUACUUUCCAUGGUUACUGUAUUGCAGCCACAGGGGGACUGAAUUAAAUGUUUUCCACAAUGCACUGGAGCAAAAGAUGGCAUGAGGUUCCUUAACCUUGACUGAAGCAUCCAAAUUUAAUAUGAAAAAUAAUUUUUAAUAUUUUACCAUUCCUGUUUAAUUUCAUUUCACCAUUCCUGUUUAAUUUCAAGUUAUCUACGCUUGAUAUUUUUACACUUCUAAAAUAUCUCUUUAUGAUGGGAUUUAAGUUCCAUAAGAAAUUUAGUGUUAUUUUUUAUUUAUUUAUUUAUUUAUUUUUAUUUAUUUAUUUAUUUUAUUUCACAGAACAAAUUUUAAUACAUUAAUUCAUGUUUACUGAAACUUGGUUUGGGCAGUGUUAUUAAUUAUGACCUAAUCAAGUCCACAAUUGCAUGUCAGUGUAGUUGUACCAUUUUCUUUAAAACUAAUUAAUCUGUUUGAAUCAGUCCAUGAGAUUAGAAUCAUCAGCAUUGAACCAUGUGUAGACCUUACUGGCUGGGUAGAAUUUCUUGUCUUUUGUUAACUGGAUCACUAUAUACCUGUAUUGUUUAUAUACCACAGUUUGUUAUUUUGCCUGGUGUCAGAUUUUUUAACAAAGCUUUGUCUUGUCGCUUUACUAAUAUUAAUGUACCUUAUAUUUUAAUACUUUGUCUUAGCCAGGCAGUUGAGACAACCUCUUUAUACAUAAAUGUUCUUGGUCUUAUUAUUAUUGUUAUUAUUAUUAUUAUUAUUAUUAUUAUUAUUAUUAUUAUUAUUAUUAUUAUUAUUAUUAUUAUUAUUAUUGUUGUUGUUGUUGUUUAUAUUGUUUUUAUUAUUAUUAUUAUUAUUAUAUUAUUAUUAUUAUUAUUAUUAUUAUUAUUAUUAUUAUUAUUAUUAUUAUUAUUAUUAUUAUUAUUAUUAUUACUAUUAUUUGUUUUUUAAUAUGUAACCACAUAGUAUGUAAUUUUACAGAAUAUUUCUCAUUGUUGUUACAUUGCAACCAUUCACAAGCAAAUGGCUGGCAUGUCUAUGUUUAUUAAAUGACUGAUUUUGUGUAGUUAUCAAUAUGAUUUAUAUUUGUGUGUUCUUAUUUUUAAAAUUUUUUGGUACAGCAAUUUUCUGUCAUUCAUACAGUGUUCAAUAAUUUCAAGAUAAUGAUAAUUUGUUAAAUGGAUUUACAGCCAGAGUUGCAGUGAAGAAAGUUUACCUACCUUAUAAAAGGUAGUAUUAUAAUACACUAAAGCUAUGCUUGUUUAAAAAAAAAUGUACAUUACUAUUUGAAGUGAAAGAAAUAGAGCAAAAUUCAUCAGUGUGUGCAUUUAAGCAUAAGUUGUGGUAAAUGGAUGGGUCAGAGCAAAUACAUUUUUGCAUGUAUUUAUUCUAAUGGCUUAUACACUGUGGCUUGUGAUUUUGGUAACUUACUCCUUCAUACAGUUUCAUGCACCAAAUCUGAAUAUUUUAUCAUUAGAGACAUGAUAUUAUAAAGAAACAAACCACUAGAUAUGAAACAUUUUUUUGAGUACCUAAUACCAUACCAAUUUUGAUAUUGAAAAUGUGCACUAAUUUACAUGCAUAACAUAUGGUAUUAGAUUUUAAAUAUGUAAUAUUAACAAAUUAAUGUAAAUCAGGCUUAUGCCCUCUAUCAAGAUGUCAAUAAGACACCACUUCCUGCACAACCAGAUCAUGCUUCAAGGAUUUUUUUUUACUUUUCUUUAUUGUAUAUUGAUGUAAAUCUACAUAGGUAUAAGCUAGUGCUGUUAGAAAUUUGGAAUUGGAUAUAUGAAAUGUAAAUUUCUAAUGACAUAUGCAUAUCAUUGGACACUAAUACAGUGUUAUAAAAAAAAAUGCAGUGUAGACUGUCAUAAUAACGAUCUCAUUUCACUUUAUUAAAAGUAUUUUUGAGAACAUCUGAAAGUACUACUGAAUGUUUUGUCAUAUAUUAUCAUUAUAUAUUGUUUGUUUACUGAAUUCUUGUGCAGGGAUCUCUUGAGUAUUAAAAUCAUAUGUUUAGCAACUGCUCUGACUGGCAAAGAAAGAGACAGUAAGUGUACAUGUAAUACAAGCCACAGUAAAUGCAUUUAUGUUUAGAUACAAUUAUUGAUACUAAUUAUUAUUCUUAUAUUUAAGCAAGGCAAUUAGGGGUUAGAAGCAUUAAGUGUUGUGAAAGCCUGUAAGCUUGUAACUGGAAAAGUAUUUUUAAAAGAUAAAUAAAUAAAUAAAAUAAUGAAUAAUGCUUACCAGUUACCAGAAAAAUGUAAUGCAGAAAGUAUACAAUUUUCAGGCAAAUAUUGCUUGGUACUGUAUGCAUACAUGCCUCUUGUUUGUGAUAUCUACCAGAAAAUAUUUAAGGUCCUCAAAAGUCAGUAAUUCAACAACUUUGAGUUCUGCUUUAUGAAAGUAAUAUUCAGAGAAGGAAGAUUGGAAACUGCAAAGUUCUGAAGUACCUGGAAGUUGUCUCCUAAUACCAGGGGCUGCAGUAUUCCUUUAUCAUGCGAGUUCUACAUUUACAUUGAAAUUAUAUGAUGUGGAUUUUUUUUUUUUUUUUGGGGGGGGAGGGGGGGUUGGGGUGGAGGAGGGGCAGCAUGUCAAUUUUGCUUCCAGGGAAUGAUGUAAUUUUUAAACAUUUUUGCCAGUUUUCACUGACUUUCUACAUUAAAUUCAGGUGUAUUUUCAUGCAUUGUUGCCUAUUUUCAUGUUAUCACUUGUUUACGGUUAUGGGGUAUAUUCAGUUGUUUAAUAUGCUAUGCUAUAAGUCGUAUGUAUCAAUGGAUCCUUCAAGAUGAAAUGAAGCAAUUUAUGACAAAUUUUAAAGAUAAGUUUAAAAAAUGUUAACUAUUUUUUUUAUUAUACUUGGUUAAAUCUUAAAUUGUUUUGUUUUAAAUAUUCCUCUUGGGAUUCACUGAUACUAGUAUGGUGCAUGAGAAGCUAUGAAGAAACCAAGUUGCUCUCAAAAGAUGUAAUAAUAUCUGAAAAGUAACCAGAAUUUGUUUAUGCUUCUAGUAACCUUAAAGACAAAUAUAAGAUAUAAACAUUAAA